AUGCCCGCCAAGCCUGCCCCGAUCAAGAAGAAACCCGCCCCUCUUAAGAAGGUGCAAAAGGCCACACCUGAACCGGUUGUAGCACCGGCUCCCGAGCCCGCCCCGGUCGUGGAGGUCCCACCGGCGGAGCCUGCCGCGCCGGCGGUGGCGGCGCCCGCCACUGGCGCCGAGCCGGCAGCACCUGCCGAGGCCUCCGCGCCUGCCGUGGAGGGCGAGGCCCCUGCUGAAGCCGCACCAGCUGAUGAAGCCGCACCAGCUGAUGAUGCUGCGUCUUCGGCAGAAGCUGGCGAGGCCCCACAGCCCGAAGAGCCUAAAGCACCGACACCGCCGCCACCUCCACCCAAAGAGCCCACGAGCGCCCCUGUGGAUCUGUUCGUGGAGGACAAGAACGACACUUCGGUGACGAUCAACUGGAGUCAGCCGGAGGUUGUCGGGCUGUCCGGCCUAGACGGGUACACCAUCGAGGUGUGCAAGGACGGAACCGAGGACUGGAAGGCCGUCAACGAGGACCUGCAGAAGUCUUGCCGCUUUAUCAUCAAGAACCAGACCACCGGAGACCGGCUCAAGAUCCGUGUGGUGGCCGUGAACGCCGGAGGACGAAGUCUGCCUGUCGCCCUCCCUGAAGCUGUCCUGGUGAAGGAGGUUGCCGAUCGUCCCAAGGUGCGCCUGCCUCGCUUCCUCAGGCAGAGAUACGUGACCCAAGUUGGGGACAAGAUCAACCUGACCAUCCCCUUCACAGGCAAACCCAAGCCUGUGGUGAGCUGGACCAAGAACGGGCAGCCCCUGGAGAGGGGAAGGGUGAACAUUCGCAGCACGGAGAGGGACAGCAUCAUCUUCAUACGGGCGGCCGAGAGGGACGACUCCGGCGUCUUCGAGAUGUGCGUCAAAGUGGACGACUUUGAGGACAAGGCCACACUCACCCUGCAGAUUGUCGAGCUUCCUGGACCUCCAGCCAGCGUAAAGAUCGUGGACACGUGGGGCUUCAACGUGGCUCUGGAAUGGACUGUGCCCAAAGACAACGGUAACACGGACAUCACAGGCUACACCAUCCAGAAGGCCGACAAGAAGACCGGAGACUGGUUCACCGUGCUGGAGCACUACCACAGACUCAACGCAACGAUCUCAGACCUCAUCAUGGGCAACAUCUACAAGUUCCGGGUGUUCUCGGAGAACAAGUGUGGAGUUAGCGAGGAGGCGGCCAUCACCAAGGACGAGGCCAAGAUCCUCAAGACGGGCAUCAAGUACAAGGCCCCUGAGUACCAGGAGCGCGACUUCACUGAGGCGCCCAAGUUCACUACCUCCCUGGCCAACAGAGCCACCACGGUGGGCUACAGCACCAAGUUGCUGUGCUCCGUCAGGGGAUACCCCAAGCCGAAGAUCGAAUGGCUGAAAAACCAGAUGAUCAUCGGCGACGACCCCAAAUUCCGUCAGAUCUGCGUGCAGGGCAUCUGCUCCCUUGAGAUCCGCAAGCCGGUGAGCUUCGACGGAGGCGUUUACACUUGUCGAGCCAGGAACAACCACGGCGAGGUCACAGUCAGCUGCAAGCUGGAAGUCCGACAGCCGGUUGUUCCAGAGGCAGAAAAGAAAUAAGCGGUCAUCUUCAUUCACAAAGG